UGUGAAGCAAUUAAUUAGUUCUCAGCUCUCGCGAGUUUCAAGCUAAAGCUCUCAGUUCAGGAUGGAAUUGGAGGAACCAGAAGAUGAUGAGUGGAAUUGGAAAAGUAGUAGUACUAAUAAUAAAUACUACUUUUCUGAAGAUGAUGAUGGCGACGGGAAUAACCAUAACAGUAACGGUGGAAAGUGGAGUUGGGUUUUGAACCUUGGAAAGAAGGUGUUAGUGGCUGGUUUGGUGGCAACUUCCGCCCCACUUGUUGUUCCACCACUUUUUGUUGCUUCUGCAAUUGGCGUUGUUGCUUCUGUGCCGUAUGCAUUCUUCUUGGCAAGCCGUGUUUGUACCCAGACACUGAUGAGUAGGUUGCUUCCUAUUCCUUAUCAUCAUGAAUAUCAUGUGCUUCUUGAUGAAGAUGAGGAACAGCUUGGAAAGGAUGGUGUUGAAAAUGGGAUUAAGAAUUAUGAGAAAUGUGUGAUAUCAUCAAAUGGUGGGAAUGAACAAGGGGUUGUGAAGGAUGAUGAGUUGCGUUCACUAGAUGCUCGCUGUAAUAUCUCUAAGGAAGGUGAUCAAGAAAUAGAAGAGGAGAAUUCGGCAGAGAGAAUGCUUGAUGAUGACGAGGUUAUAGGAGAUGAAAUUGACGAUGGAAUUGUGAUGGAAGAAGAGUUGGGUGGGGAAAGUAAUGGGGAGCAACCAAUGACAGCGGGGCAUGGAGUUGUGAUAACAAUUGAGGGUAUUGAUGAGAAUGAGGUUGAUGAUAAUGAUGUUGUUGAAGAAUUCAAGGCACCCUUUGAUGUUACAAGCAUUUUCGUAGAGGAAUUCGGGGAUAAGGCCAUAGAGGGUGACAUAGAUGAAGAAGAGUUGAGGAGGGAAACUAAGGAGUUGUUGGAAGAAAUUAGAAAUGAAGGUAGAAUGGAUGAUAAUGGAGGAGAAUACGUAAAUGGAAUCCAUGGAGGUACUAAUGAGAACAAGGAAGAAAUUGAUUCAGUUGAAUAUUCUGCAGUAGCACAUAACACGCACAGUUGUAAUACUAUGGAGGAGAUUAAAGUAGCUGUAAUAGGAAGGGAAGAAGUAGAUAAAAGACUCUGUGAGCAAAAGAUUCCACCAAUAAAUACUGAAGACAAGGAUAAUGUCUACAACUGUGUGGAAUCAAAUGAUCCUAUCAGAGAUGUGUUAGAAGCCGGAGAGGUCGACAGUGCAAGUGUCUUGCAGAAGCGUUUCCAUGAAAAUUCUGAACUACUAAGUGGAACUAGUUUCCAACAUGAAACUCAUCCAGCUGAACCAGUUAGAGAUUUGGUGAUGGAUCAGGAUUACAAUAUUUCACUAGCUGAUGAAUCGUCCAAGGUUAUAGGCAGAAACAUUGUUUUGGAUUUGAAUGAUGACGAGGAACCAGACCAAGUGCUAGACGGGUCUACUGUAUCUCAAGGGGUGAAAUUAGAUGACAACAUUUCUGCUUCUGUAAUUCAAGAACCUCAGUUACAUAAGUAUGAUGAAAUUUUGGAUUCAACAGAUGCAGGUUCUGACGAAGUUUCAGCUGAAAAAGGGUUUGAUUCGUCUGAUCAGAAAAUAAUAUAUCCUGGCGCAGACACAUGUACAAUUGAAUUGCAUGAAGAAUCUUCAGUUGCUAUGGUUAAUGGUCACACAGCUCUUAUAGAGGUGACUAAUUCCUCGGUAGAGAAACAACGAGAAAAAGAGGGUAGGCCAUCUGAAAUCUUCUCCCGAAAAGAUGCGAUGCGCCCUUCUGAUGAGGUUACGUUCAAUGAAGAGAGCAUGUGGAAACAAAUCAGUGUCAUAAGGAAGAUAAUAGGAUAUGAAGGUUCAAAACAAAAAUCAUUCAUAGAUGAAUUAAAGGCUCUCUACAUCUUCACUGGAGUUGAAUUCCCUGCUUUUCUCAAGGAGAAUCCCUAUGAUCCCGCUGAAAUUAAUAAAAAACUCCACUUUCUCAUGUCCAUAGUUGGAAUCAAGUCAAAUGCAGAUUAAAAUGUGACCUAUGUAUUAGUAUUAGUGUAUGGUUUUCUUCAGUAUCUAAUGGGUGUACUUUUCCUUUUGUGGACUUGGUUCAUGUUAUUUUAUACUAAUGUAUAAGUAAUAUGGUCGUGAGAGUUGUAAAGCAUGUUACAUAAAUAUAAAA